AUGCAGUUUACGGUACCCUUCCUUAAAACUAGUGCUGUACCAAGUGGAAAUUUGCCACCUAUUCCAUCAGAUGAAAAUGUUGAAACUACUGAUAUGUGGGAAAACACCCUAUUGGAUACAUCCGAGGUAACAGAGUCUUCUGAAAUACAAAACCAGCCACACUCUCCUCAACUGGAAACAUUACCUAUGCCUCCCCCACCGACACAAUCAAGUAUUCAGCAUUCUAGCCAACCAGAACAGGCUGAAAGUCAAAAAUCGACAAAAAAAAUCGCCCGUAAAAAAAAUAACAAUUCUAGUGAUGCUGAUGAAGCCUUUAUUGAGUAUUUUAAAUCUAAAAAAGCCAAGAUCAACAAUUCUCCUCGUGAUAUAAGAGCCGAUUCUAUUCAACAGUUUUUGAACAGCCUAAUACCAGAUCUGCUGACUAUGACUGAUGCACAACUCAGAACGUGCAAGAGGAGGUCUAUUGCUAUCAUAGAUGAAAUUCUUGGAACAAACCUUUGUACUUUUAGUCCUGCUACAUCCGUAGAAACACGUUUACAGCAAUCUCCAGCCGGUUCGUUUUUAUCGUCAUUCUCAUCCGAGGACGAAACCGAUAAACAACAUUAUUUGACCUUAUAG